CGCACGGCGGGCACAGACGGGGGCGGCGCUGCUGCUGGAUGUUUUCACUUCUUCUUACUGUCUCUGUGCUGGAGAGAUAAGGAAGCGCUAUGAAAUAACAGAGACAGCAGCAGAGACGCUCCACCAUGGUUCAGUGGCAGAUCUGCACUCUGGAGCACCUGAUGAAUUCAGGGUUCGGCCGUCCUUUUCCACGACACGGCCUUCAGCUCCUGUUUUGGUUUGCCAACCAGUGUGUGACCUGUGAACUCAUUAACUUUGUGGUCAUCAUGAAGCUGGUGUCAGAUUGUCAACCAGAGAACGGUUUCUUCGGCUUCCACCAGUUUGGCAACGUUGAAGAACUUUUACCAGUGCUGAAGAAGCCCAAGAAGCGCAAGGGUAAAACAAAGGUUGUGUACUAUGAAGUCGGCAACCUGAACACAGAAACCUACCCAGAUUCUGCAAACCUCCCCGCUUAUGUGAGGGAAAAUUAUGGGUUGUCUGGUGAUUACAAUAUAGACCGGAUCAUCAUCGGUUACCAGGUGAAGACCAGGGUGGUGGAGACGGUGUAUGUCACAGAGCAUGACGGCGUGGCCUUUGGGAGGUUCAACACUGACAGGACAUACGAAGUCAGCCCUGAACUCAUCCAAGUCCUGCAGAACCCGCAGCUUGAUCUCACCAACUUUCUCAGCCGGACAGGCUACUGGGGAGACAUGCAGGUGGUCCAGGCUGACAAUAUGGGGGAGAUACACUACCCAGACCCUUCAGUCCAGGAAAUCUUCGACUUAAUGCAGAACUACAGUGGAUCUGUAGCAAGAGCAGUACAUGAUGACUUAAGUUUCUUCUCAGAAACUUUUAACCUGCAACUGGAUGUAAACAUGGAGCCCUACAGCUAUGACCAGUAUGGGAACCGCAUGGUCAGCGUAACCUCAAACAACAGCGGAGUUGUGGCUGGCUACAGUGAAGUGCAACGGAAAUACAGGAAGCCUAAAGCCAAAAAGAAACCAAGAGUCUACAAUGACAGUUAUUGGCUGUCUGCGUUGGGGCCGCCUGAAGGGCAACGUGCAUUCAGCUAUUACUCCCGUUUUGAUGAAGAAGACAGGAGAUGGAACGGAGGUGGUGGUGGUGGUGGUGGCAUCAGCUUCAUGAAGAUUCUUCUCGGUGCUGGUGCGCUCUACUUGGCAGCCAAAUGUUUCAGCUGGCUGAGGAGCUUGUGGGAGGAGGACUUAAAUGAGUACAUCAUCAAGAAGAUACCAUGGAGGACACCAACUUAUCAACAUCAUGUCAUGCUGGAUUAUGUGUACUAAGAUUUUAGGGCAAUGGAUGUCUUUUUGGUCAAACAUGAAGACUCCAUACAGCAGUUGUCAAAUUAAUUUAAAACAAGUGUGAAUUCACAAUAGCUGCAACCUCGAUGCCAAAUGUACGUUACAUUUGGACAUUUCAUAUAAAUUAUAUUAAUGUUUCUAAAGUGACGUAGGAUAUGAGCUGGACAGUGGGUGGUGUGACAUCUAGACAAGAUGGCUGCCAAGCUGCAGCCCACUGUUCAAGACCAACAUACAACAACACUGGUUGUUUUUAGCAUUUCCAGUGGCGUUUGUGGCACUGAACUUUGGUGUUUUUAACCGACCCGUCCCUUCUUUUCCAGCAGCUUUUGUGCCACCAAAUGAGGGUGUUUUAAGUCAAAAUAUGAUCUUUUCCAAACUAUUACCAAGUGGUUUUUGUACAUAAACCUAACCACACCUUUACUACAGCGUUGUUGAGAAACAUAAAGUUUCAAUGUAUCUACUACAAAGUAAUACACAAAUGUAAUGUAUGCCUGCUUUGUGGACACGUACAAUGCAAACAUUUUUUGCUUGGAUUUGGUUGCAAAAUCCUUAACCGCCAAAAAGUGGGCAGAUUAUUGUGGACAGAUAGCUUUGCAGAGCAAGCUAUAGAGCUGCUGGUCUCAGCUAAUUACAGUUAAAUUGUUAAGACUGAAAUACUGAUAUUUUAAAUUGAUUGUAUCAUUAGAAAUAACACUGAAAAUAACUUCAGCAUUGACAGGCUUCAAUCGUGCAAUACCUGAUUUUGAAAUAUUUUGAUAAUACUUGAAUGUCUUUGUUAUGCUGAAAGGUAUGGGAGCAGAGAUUGAUCAUAAUUACAGUGAUAAACAAACAAAGAAAGCAAGAAAGAAGAUGGCCCUGGCAAACACAAUAAGCCAAACCCAGGAGCAACAAAACCACAACUACAUUUUGUCACUGUCAAAGCUUUUUUUUUUACCAUACUGAGAUGUGUAGUUAUUUCUUUUAUAUCUGUGGGUGUAUGAGGCCUCUGUGUGCAGUGAUGCAGAACUAUGAGCUGGACUGCCUUAUGUUAUGUCAAUAUCUGAUUGUUAUACUGUACAUAAUUUUUUUAAAAGAUUUUUUGGGGGGCUUUUUUGCCUUAAGUGAGAGGACAGUUUGACAACGACAUGCAGCGGGGGGCCAUGAGCUGGACUCAAGCCCUCAGCCACUGCGGCAAGGACAUUGCCUUUGUGCAUGGGGCGUCUGCCAUGGUGCCCUACCUACUGAGCUACUGGACGCCCCCUGUAAAUCAUUUUAAUUGGGAUCAAUGUGACAAACCAUUCAUUGGUUUAGCCACAAACAGACAUUCCCGUCUAAUUAUUUUAUGUGUGAACCAUGUCACAAUAAUAUAAAAUAACAUAUAACAUGUUGGAGAACUGUAUCUAGAUCACCACUCAUUUCAAAAAGUUAAUCAAUAAACAGCAACAUGGACAUUGGA